GUAAAGUAUGUGCUUGUAAUUUCUAGUCAAAAGACAGGGGAAAUCGAAAUGUGUCUGCGCGUGUUCUGCGGCUAUGUGUCGCUCUACAUCGGCUGCAUCUUCAUCGGCUUCACGGGGAUGAUCCUGGCCGUAAUUAUAUUUUCUGUGGGUCUGUUCGAGUUAAUCACGGGCAACUCCAAUAUCCUGCUCAUGACCCUAGCAAUGGUCUUCGCCCUCAUCUAUGCCCUGGCCAAAGUAUUUCUGCUCUUUGGCACCAUGUGGGACAUGUGCUGGGCCAUUCUUUUGUCAUUCAUCAUCGGUCUGGUGGGCGUGGCAUUACUUGUUGCAUUGGUUGUGUUCUUUUACUUCCAUUUACCGGCUCCUCUGCACCUCCUGCUAGGCGUUAUCUUGUGCAUAAUCGAGCUGUACUACGAAUGGAUUAUCAUAUCCACUUGGUGGUGCUGCCGAUCAUGCACAAACGACUGCUAGGAGUUACCUGUUGCUGCUGGUUACCUGUAUCUGGUAUCUUGUAUCGCAACUCGAACAUGUUGCGCACUCCGAAGAUACAAAGAUACAAUGUUGGGACCGAACGUCUUGGGACUUCCGACGGCUCUCCCCGAUCAGUAAUAGCAUAGCUAAGAGAAGAACUGACUCGCCUAAGAGAGCUGGUUCGGGUCUUCCGACUUUGGGGGCCUUUCGUAAAGUCAGUUCGAUCUGAGACGCGCGCUGGAAAUGUCGUUCCUGGAGCUAUCGAGCUGUUCCAGCGAGUAAGCGUGUGUGUGCCUGUGUACCGCCCCCUACCCGU